UGUCUUUUUCGUCUGAGCCCGAAACUCGCGACCGAAAAAUUCUUGACUGGAACACUUCGACGAUUAAAAAACGGACGUGAUCGCAAAUUUCAAUCAAUAGUUUUUGUCUCCAAUAAGUGAAAAAGCUAAGUCUCGUAAAAAUCAGAUGUUUUAGAUCUGCUUGGAGUUGAAAGAUACAGUGAUGGAUACUGCAAUGAAGGAAUCAUUUCCAGUAAAAGUGGAGCAGACCACCACGAUUAAGGUGGAAGAAGUGACAAUUUCCGAUGGCGUUAAUACGGCGGAUGAUAAUACCCGAAUAGUUAGAAAUGUCGAGGACAGCAUACCAAGUAUUGUCAAACAAGAACCUACACCGGACAUCGUUAAUGAAGCGGAUAACGCGACGGAAUGCUCUUCGUUGGAGCCAACAGCAGCUGAUGGCGAAAUUGUGGCCACAAGUUCGAGUGACACUGGCGCUCUGGAACCGGAUUGCAAUGGAGGCGGCAAAUGUAAAGUGUGUGGUAGACAUUUCCCAAUAGAAGAACAACUAACGCAGCACCAAAAAGAGCAUCACGGCAAUAGGCGUUCGUUCAAGUGUUCGACUUGUGGAAAUCGAUACAAAAAUAGAGACUCACUCCAAACGCAUAUUGACCAGAAAUGCAAGGAUCGCACGUUCGAAUGUGACAUUUGUGGGUCAUCUUACAAGACAGAAGGAGGUCUUCGCCAUCACAAAAAACUGCACACGUCUGUCGAUCCGAAACCUUUCAAAUGUGACAUAUGCAAUUCACAGUACACUCGAAAAACUAGUCUCGAUUUUCACAGAAAAAUACACUGGAUGGUCACGCACGAAGUGCGUACAGAUUGCAACGCGCCAUCUGAGCCAUCAUUUAAAUGCGACGUUUGUAAUUUGACGUACGACUCGCUUGACGUUCUUAACUUCCACCGGAAAACCCACAGAGCCAGGAAGCAAUCAGGUGAAUGUGAUAUAUGUGGUAAAACCUUUGCAGAACCCAGAGCACUCCAGUACCAUAAAACUGUGAAACACACCUCGGAGAAGAAUUUCAAGUGUACAAUCUGCGGCAAAGAUUACCACCUUCAGCAUCAGGUGCUGGUUCACGAAAGAACACACAUGGAACGCUCCCAUAAAUGUCCUAUCUGUGGAAAGUGCUUCACUCACAAUUAUGCUGUCAAAAAACACUUGAUGCGCACCCACAGCGAAGAACGAUCGUAUAAGUGCAACCUCUGUGAUGCGAAAUACAAAUCACCGACCGCAUUACGCGUUCACAGAAUGUCGCAUGCGUCCACCGAUCGGAAACCUUUCCAAUGUGAUCUGUGUAGUUGUCAGUAUACCCUAAAACGCCAUCUCGCGUUUCAUAAGAAAAUAAUCCAUUCAAACGCUGCUGUAGAUUCUGAGGACAUGCCUAAAAAAGUCGUUUUGGAAACGAGUAAUGCCAACGGUGACCUGAGUGUAAAAAAAGAACGUGAAGAGGAAAAUGCUAAUCCGUACAAGUAUGAAAACUCUACGGAUGCCUCUAAAGAAGUCGUUUCGGCGUCGAGCAAUGCCAAUGGGGUCCUGAGUAUAAAAGCGGAACAUGGAGAUACUGAUGCUCCGGAAACGGAUCAUACCGGAGGUGGUAAAUGCGAUGUUUGCGGUGAACAUUUUCACACGGAAGAACAACUAACGCAACACCUAGAAGAGCAUCACAGCGCCGAUCGCCCGUACAAGUGUCCGACCUGCGGGAAAAGGUACCAAAUAAGACGAAGACUCGAAACGCAUAUUAUUAAUGGUUGCAUUGAGCGACAAUUCGAAUGUGACAUUUGCGGUUCAACCUUCAGGUCGCACAGUGGUCUAAGUUAUCACAGAAAUCUCCACACGUAUGUCGACCCGAAACCAUUCAAAUGUGACAUGUGCAGUUCAGAGUUCACUCGGAAAAUCAGCCUCAAGCGUCACGUGAUGGUAAUGCACGAAGUGCGUACUACAGAUGACGACGCGCCAUCGUUCAAAUGUGACAUUUGUAAUCUGUCCUACAACUCGCUCGAUAUACUAAACAUCCAUCGGAAAACUCACGAAGCUAGGAAACAAUCGCCGAAAUGUAAUUUAUGUGGCAAAACUUUUUCGUCGGCACAAGCACUUAAGUUUCAUAAAACUGUAAAACAUACAUCGGUGAAAAAUUUCCACUGCACAAUCUGUGAUAAAAAUUACCACCUUAAGGAGCAAUUGGUUAAACACCGGAAAACGCACGAUGCGGAUCGCUCGCAUAAAUGCCCUAUUUGCGGAAAAGGUUUCGCACUUCGUUAUGCGGCCAAGAGGCACAUGAUCAGCCACUGCACGGGGCGGCCGUUUAAAUGCAAUUUUUGUGAUGCAACAUACAAGACAGCCUGUAAAUUGCGCGUCCACACGAAAUCCCACACGGCCACGGAUCCUCAACCUUUUAAAUGCGACCUGUGCAGCUGUCAGUAUAGUCGACAAUGCCGCCUCUCGACUCAUAAGAGGAAAAAACAUUCGCGUUGUUAUAGUUCUGAGAAACAUUCUCCAAAGAAAAGCUCAGAAGACUUCCCUGAACGAGCCGUUUUGGAGGCGAAUAAUGCUGGUUGUGACACAGGCUUUCUCGGCGCGGAUCGUACCGGAGGCGAUAAAUGCAAGUUUUGUGGUAAAAACUUUCACGUAGAAGGACAACUAACGCAGCACCUAAAAGAACAUCACACUGCAGAUCGCCCGUACAAGUGUCCGACCUGUGAAAAAGGGUUCAAAAUGAGACGAAAACUUGAAACGCAUAUGCGUAAAGGCUGCAAUGAGCGACGGUUCGAAUGCGACAUCUGCGGUUCAUCCUACAGGUCACAUAGUGGUCUAAGUAUUCACCGAAAUCUCCACACUGACACGGGCGCUCUGGAAACGGAUCGUACUGGAAACGGCGGCAAUGACCAGCGGCAACACAUCUGCGAUAUCUGCGGCAGAGGAUACAGAAGGAAACGUUACAUGGCGUUGCACAGGCAAACCCACACAAGCGAGCAGGUAUUCGAGUGUAACAUAUGUGGGCAAACUUUUAACACUGCAAAAAAAAUUAGAUACCACAAAAUGUUAAAACAUACGGUGGAGCGAAACUUCGGCUGUGAAACAUGCGGUAAAGAUUUCAUCCUGAAGGAACAAUUAACGAAGCACCUGAAGACCCACAGCACGGAUCGACCCCACAAGUGUUUAAUUUGUGGGAGAGCCUUCCGAGUUAAAUAUAGUCUCGAGGAACAUAUGAAUCAUCAUAGCAAUGAGCGCCCGUUGGAGUGCGACAUUUGUGGGCGUUCAUACAAAACACAAAGUGGUUUAAACGAGCACAGAAAAAUCCACACAUCCGUCGAUCCAAAGCCAUAUGAAUGUGACCUGUGUGGUUCACGGUUCGUACAGAAGAGUAGCCUUAAUUAUCAUAGGAAAACAAGGCACGAACCGCGUGAUCAGGACGAUGGCCAGCAGCCGCUGUUUAAAUGUGACAUCUGCGACUCCUCUUUCAAGUCUUCCGAUGCGUUCGCCUUGCAUAAAAAAAUUCACCCAUCUAUCAAGCGAAAAAUUGAAUGUGAUUUGUGUGGUAAAGUCUUUAAGCAAUCCAGGUCCCUUUAUUUCCAUAAAAAGAUAAAACACACAUCGGAAAAGAAUUUCAAGUGUGAAAUUUGUGGUAACGAUUACCACCUUCAGGAGCAGUUGGAAAAGCACCUGAAGGGACACAGCACGGAACGGUCGCAUAAAUGUUCCUUCUGUGGGAAAGGUUUCAACUUUAGUUACGCGCUGAAGAAGCACAUGCGCAGCCACAGCGAGGAGCGACCAUUCAAAUGCAGCGUCUGCGAUGCAUCCUACAAGACUGCCAAUGGGCUACGGUUGCACCGGAAAACCCACACCUCCGACGAUCCGAAACCGUUCAAAUGUGACCUGUGCAGUUCUCAGUUUGUCCAGAAAAGCAGCCUCACAAUUCACAGGAGUAAACAUUUACAAACCAAUCCCAUUGCUGGUUGUUAUGCUGAUGAUAAAUCUUCAAUAGAAAAGGUGCCUAGUCAGGAUGAAACUAAAGAAACGAAUAAAUUAGAGACAAACUCAGGCAAAGAAGUUCUGACAAUAAAAUCUGAACAUGAAGGGGAGAAAAAUAUUCUGUACAAAUGCGAUGUAAGCAGUGAAGUUGGUUCCUCCACGGGUACGCUCGAACAGCACCACCGAAGAUCCCACAGUGAUAAACGGAAGAGGCGGUCGUUUAGAUGUGUUCUAUGCGGCAAAACUUUCACCACAAUCGGAAAACUUAAGUGCCACAAAGCUUUGAAACACAUGCUGAAGAAAAAACACAAAUGUGAACUUUGUGGUAAACAUUUCUACUUGAAAGAACAACUAACACAGCACCUGGAAGCGCACAACAGAAACGAUGGUCCGUACAACUGCUCGACUUGCGAAAAAAGUUUCCCAAUCAAGUACAGGCUUGAAGAGCAUAUGCUCGAACACAAAAGUGAGCGGCCGUUCGAAUGUGACAUUUGCGGUUCAUCCUACAGGACAUCUACUGGACUGCAACGUCACAAAGAUCUUCACACGAAUGUCGAUCCGCAACCCUUCAAAUGUGACAUGUGCAGUUCACAGUUCACUCAAAAGAGCAGCCUCAAUUUCCAUAGAAAAAUACACCUGCUGAGCAUGAAUGAAGUGCGUACGGAUAGCGACGCGCCGUCUGAGCCGUCGUUUAGAUGCGACGUUUGUGAUUUAUCGUACAACUCACUCGAAAUACUAAGCUUCCACAAGAAAAUCCAUAAGGCUAGGAAGCCGAUUCAAUGUAAUUUAUGUGGCCAAACUUUUAAGGCGACAAAAUCACUCAAGUUCCAUGAAAUCAUAAAACAUACAUCGGAGAAGAACUUCAAGUGUACAAUCUGUGGUAAAGAUUACCACCUUCGGGAGCAGCUGAUCAAACACCAGAGAACACACGAUAAGGAACGUUCGCAUGAAUGUUCCUUCUGUGGGAAAGGGUUCGUCUUCGGUUACGCCCUGAGAAAACACAUGCGCAGCCACAGCGAGGAGCGGCCGUUCAAAUGCAACUUUUGCGAUGCAACAUACAAGACAGCCUAUAAAUUGCGCGUUCAUAUGAUAUCUCACACGUCCGCGGAUCCUCACCCUUUUAAAUGUGACAUGUGCAGCUGUCAGUAUACCCAACAAUGUAACCUUUUGUCCCAUAAGAGGAAGAAACAUCCGAAAAUCAACAGCCUUUCGGGUGCUCAUAGUGCUAAAUAAUAUUCCGCAGGUCGAUUUGAGUAUACCGGAGAAUAUGAAAAGGAAAACACUAAUUGGUAAAAGUACAGAUACUAGAAGUUUUUUGAUUGAAAAAUAAAUGCCCAGAAUUCAUACCAGGAAAUAUCCGUUGAUCCUUUUUCUAACUUGAUAGUAAGA